AUGGUAGAUACAGCUAGAAAGGCAUUUCCGGGAAAAAAGAUCAUUGUUUCGAGUGUUACUCCACGAGAUGACGAUUUCGAUGAAGACAUUCGGGCAAUAAACCGAGCAAUCCAAAGCGAAAUUUUAAAUUUCAAUGAUGCCAUUUACGCGAACAAUGAUAACCUACGAGACAGAGCCCUGUAUUUUGACAGUAAGCACUUAAAUAGAAAUCGGGGUGUUC